AUGGAUCCCACUCCCAUACUCCCCACCUCCUGCCUGGUGGAGCCGGUAGUGUGGGAGCUGGACGCGGACAUUGAGAAGGCGUUAUUCCUGCCCUACUCGCCUUACUGGAUCAUCUCCACCGACUAUGAUAACUCAGCUCUAGUCUAUUCCUGUACCGAUGUCCUGCGUCUGUUCCACAUGGACUUUGCCUGGAUCCUGGGGGCGCACACGCACCCUCCCUCCCGCCGCCAGUUUCUGGGGGCCAGCCCGGUGAGGCAGAAUGCGAAGAAGGAGGCAUCUGCAGUAUCCAGUGAUGUCCGCAGCAAGAGGAGUCUUACCGUUCCCGUUCCUGUCCUCAAGCGUCUUCCUGACUUCUGGGGAUGGUACAAAUUCUUCAUGGAUACUGGUAACCAGGAAGGAGUAGAGCAUCUGGACAAGAUGUACAUGAUCUACCUGCAGAACAAGCACCGUUCUGAGGAGGGCCCCACCUUCACCCAUUACCUCACCCACCUCAGUGCUAUCUACAAGAUUUGCGCCGACUCCGACGACCCAGAGUGCAUCGCCGAGUCCACCAGCAAGCCCAAGGCCAAGGUGGUGAUGCCCGUGCCUGUCAAGACCACCACAGUCAAAGUAUGCAACCCUUAUAUCGACCCCUACUGCCCCUUCCCCAUGAUCCCUAAGAUUGCCGCCCCAGCCAUGAUCAAGGCCGCCCCAGUGCCUGUCCUGACCCCCCUCCUGCCGCACCCUCAGAAGACCCCCACAGGGUUCUACUACUAUGCCCCAGUCCUGGAGCCCUUCCUCACCGCAGAGCAGAAGACGGAGCUGCUGCGCAUCUGCAACCCUGACGACCACGAGUGUCUGCAGUACCACUUGCGUGCCGCCUAUGGCUAUAGGCCCGCUCCUGGACCCGCCCCGUCCUACGCCGCCCUGGGCUGCGAUCCCACCGAGGACCCCUACUGCCGGCCAAAGCUGGUGAAAAAGGCCCCCUCCAGCUUCUACCACAUGUACCCCACCUGCGACCCGGCCACCGACCCCCUGUGCAUGGCUAGCAUAGCGGCCCCAUCUCCCGCUGCCAAGGAAGCCCCUAAGGAGCAGCAAUGCAACCCCCUCUUCGACAAGGGCUGCAACCCCCUCACUGCCACCAAGUUGGCCAGCCUCACCAAGCCCGUCCUGGAGUACACACCCAAAGACAAGCCGGCGCCCGGCCCUCUGGCGUGUGACCCGCGCUACGACCCAUUCUGCCUGCUAGGUGCCGCCGCUGCCCUCCGUAAGGCUCCCCCAAUGCUGCCCCAGUACCAGAUUCACUCCCGCCUGGGUGUCCUUGGGAAGACCAAGGAGGGCCAUGACUGCUACGUGCACUACGAUAAGGGCUGCACACCCUUGGAGGCCAGUGAUGAACCCAACGCCCCCGUCGCACCCCAAUGCCACCCCUAUGACUUUACCUGCAAUGGAAUGUCUGCCCCUUCUCCCCUCACCGCUGAGGCCGACAAGCCCAAGAGUGGCGUGAUCCUGCCCGAUCCUGACUGUGACCCCGAGUACGACUACAGCUGCCGCCUGCGUCGUGCUGAGGAUGCCUCCGCCGCAGCGGAACCAGCAGCCAAGGAGCCCAAGGAUGAGCCAGUGCAGCAGGAUGCUGCCCCCGAGUAUGCCGUCCCACAGUUUGAAGACUUCCUCAGAAGCUACAUGGCCAUGGAUCAGUACAGGAAGAAGUAA